GGAAAGAGAGGGGGAUGGAAAAGAGCUUCUAGAUUUUAGAAUCUAGAGAAAUCUAAAACCUCAAAAAUUAGAGGAUGGUUAGAAGAAGACCGUCAAGGCUCAACUUCGAAGCAACAACAGUGCCCACAACCGCACCACGACAAACGAUUGCCUUCCCCAGACUUCCAAGAAAAAACAUCUCACACUAAACUCCAAAGCCUCCGACCUCCACACCACCAAAUUAACUCCAAUUUACGUGUACAAUUCCACCACCACCACUUGAACACGAAAAGAUCAAUUUUUACACCGUUCCAUACAAUCAAAGAAACACGAAAUAAAGAGGGAGGAAAGUAGCAGAAAUUUACACGGAAUAAAGAGGGAGAAAACUAGCAGAAAUUUUCUCUCUCUUCCUGCAUCUCGGCAUUCACAGGCAAAUCCGGGGAAUCAUCUGAAAUGGGUCCAAUCGUAUUGACUCAACUAGCAACGGGGUUGAGCGUUCUGGCUGGGGCCGUUGUGGUGAAGUCAGUAAUGGAUUCUAGGACCAUGUUCGGGCCGGGCCAGUUUCCCAGAUGCCCAACGUGCAACGGCACGGGCCGGGUCGCCUGCCUAUGCUCUCGCUGGUCGGACGGGGACAUUGGUUGUCGAACAUGUGCUGGGUCGGGUCGUAGGUCUUGCACUAGCUGUGGUGGUUCAGGGACCGGUCGCCCUAUUCCGGUUCAGCUGUCUGCUCGUCCUCCUCGCAACCAGCCUUCUUCUUGAAAACCGGUUUGCAGUAUAUAUUCUGGAUUAGCUAUCUAAGAUGUAUAACCAGUUAUUUAAUGCAAUCGCAUUUACUCCGGUUUGUAUUCGUGUACCAGUACGACAUGGAGUAACUUCUUUUUAUUAUUUUUUUUUUAAAGGAAAUGAAAAGUUAUACGAUGUAUUAUCUCUCAUUGAUACUUGUGAAAGGGAGAGGAAAGCUGAAAUUUUUAGUAGGUUGUAAUGUAAUUAAUUUGCUGUAACAUUUAUAGCUGGACCGUGUCUACUGGUACAACUUACAAGUCUGUGAUGAGUGGCUUAUUGUUGAUUGUUUUGGUAGCUGAAAUGGUAAAAUUUUUUGGGUGCUUAUAGGUAAAAAUGUAACGAGGAAAUGAACCUUAGCGGUUCUGGUGCUUAGCGGUUCAAUGAUGGCAGGUUCUGGUGUUUGCUGAAUGCUACGCAGUAUUUGAUUAUUCAUCUUUCCUUAAAAAGAAAAAAAAAAAUGGUGCAUCGAAUGUGUUCUGGCACAUGCUCGCAAAUGGUUGAAUGGCGUUUGCAGCCUAAAUUGAUGUCUGAAAUAUAGAUUUGAUUAUUUGUUUGGAA